AUGUCUGAUGAAGAGAAACAACAAAUAACGCACGAUGACUAUAAUUUUCCACCAGGAACAGUCCAUCUUGUUGAUAUGCAUGGAAACUUGGACGUGAAAAAAGGGGAUGGUAACAUUAUCUUGCACCCCCAGCCUACAUCUAACAUCAACGAUCCAUUAAGAUGGUCCAAAUCGAAAAGAAACUUACAAUUUGCUUUGCUUUGGUUCUGGGCUUUCAUGUUGGCUCUUACUUUGAGUUUUAUGGGACCGUUCUUUGCAGAUUGGGUUAUCGAGUGGAACACAACGUAUAACGAAUUAGGUGUUGCAGUUGCUCUAGGAUUUUUAGGGCUAGGUGUUGGUGUCUGUUUCAUUCAACCAACUGGGUUGAAAUUGGGAAAGGUAUUCGUUUAUAAUAUGGGUACUAUACUUGCGAUUAUUGCAUGCGCUAUGGGCUCCCAAUCAAAAAAUAUUGGCUACUUUCAUGCAUUCAGAAUUUUGGCGGGUUUGGCUGCAUCCCCUGUUGAUACCUUGGUUGAAAUUUCUGCCAACGAUUUGUUUUUUCAGCAUGAAAGGUCUACUGCAUUCAGUUCGUUGAUUUUGGCUUUAUAUGGGGGUACUGAUUUAGGUCCGGUGGCUGCGGGAUACAUUGCAGACAGUUUACAUUGGAGUUGGUGUUAUUAUAUCCAAAUCAUUAUUUACAUCCCUUUAUUAGCGCUUCAAUUCUUUUGGAUGGAGGAAACUACAUUUAGACGUUCAUCGAAUGAGGAAGAAGAAUUAGAAGAGGAAAUUCUUGCCCAAAUCAAAUCACAUGAAACAGGCCAAGUCGCCGAUAUUGCGUCAAGUGAACAAAAGGACAAAAUUGAUGUUCUGGUUGAAUCUAAAUCAGAUGAAGAAGAUCAAACCAAAUUAACCUACUGGCAAAGACACAAAUUGUAUCACACUGAACACAAUGACCAGAGAUCUUGGUUGUGCAUUUUCAUGAGACCAUUUUACUUGGUCAUGUUUCCUGCUAUUGUGUGGAGUGGUAUGAUCUAUGGUUUCCAAAUGUUUUGGUUAUCUCUUGUUAUAAACACCCAAUCAGCGAUAUAUUCUGUUGAACCUUAUAACUUCAGUGUGAACAAUGUCGGUUUGACUACUAUGGGUCUUUUCAUCGGUAACGUGAUUGGAAUGUUUUAUGGAGGACCAUUUGUGGAUUGGUUUGCUAUUAAAAUGGCUGAACGCAACAACGGUAUUAUGGAGCCAGAACAUAGGUUGCAUACCAUGCUUAUUCCUACAAUUUUCAACGCGGCAGGGAUAUUAGCCUACGGUUUGGGAUCUUAUUACGGUAUGCACUGGGCUAUUUCAGUUGUUGUUGGUCAAGGUUUGAUGGGUUUUGCAAUGAGUUCCUCUGGGGCAAUUUGCUUGGUCUACGCAGUUGAGUGUUAUGAGAAAUUGGCCAGUGAAAGUCUUGUGUUAAUCUUGUUCAUUAGAAAUAUGAUUGGUAUGGGAUUCUCUUUUGCUAUUUCCCCUUGGAUAACUGCAGAAGGUUUGAUGAAAACCACUUAUGCUAUGUUUGCACUAUCAGUGAUUGUUAAUGGAAGUUAUAUUUUCUUGACUUGGAAAGGGAAAGCAAUCAGGCGUUGGUCGAAAGCUCGGUAUGAAAGGAUCAGUGUUCCUUCUUACGGAGAGGUGUUCAAGAGGAGUAAGUGA